UGAGCUCAGUCCAGUCACUGACUCGUCUCACCUUAGUCUGCUGUCGCUGCAUGUCAUGCUGCGUUGUCUCACUCGCGCCCGCCCACUAUUGUCGUUAUCAACACCAAGAAGUCUUAUUCACAUUCACAGCAAAACAAUGACUGCCGAUCAUAGUCAUGGACACGCUCGUGUUCCUAAUACCCUUGAGUGGCUUGCCAAGACCAAGAGGGGUGAUUAUCUCGUGCAAGUAGCGUGGCCUUUGUGCUGGGGUGAAGAUCGCGUUGCCGCUGAGAAUGAAGUGGUCAAUCUGGUCUACCUUGUUGAUGGCAAUGCCUAUUUCUUCACAGCUGUUGAUGUUUCCCGUCGAUUGGAAUACUUGAAUAGCACAAGAACUGUCGUGGUGGGCAUUGGAUACCCGCCCAGUAAAUAUGUCUACGACUUCCGUCGGGGCCCAGAUCUUACACCACCGGCUGAUGAAUACGACAUGCCGCUCGACAGAUACGGCAAGCCUCGCACAGACAUCUCAUUUGGUGAAGCAAAUGAAUUUCUCGACUGGAUGAAAGCCGACGUGAUGCCUUACGUUGAAGGCAAGCUCUUCCCCAAGGCCAAUCUUCACACGGGUCGUAAGGCUCUCUUUGGCCAUUCAUACGGUGGCAUCUUCACCCUCAACACAAUGUUCACUCAACCAGAGCUCUUCAACACUUAUAUUGCUGCCAGCCCUGUCAUUUGGUGGAACAAGGACUUUUUAAUUCGCGAACGUGAGGCUGCUUUUCUUGCACGCGACAAGCCCGUCGACCCUCCAUUUUCGCUGGCUCUUACAUGGGGCACUGGCAAGUCAGAGUUGGUGAGGGAUCCUGACGAUGAUGACGAGAAGUGGUACAAGAGACAGAACUGUGCGGAGGACGAUAAGAUGAAACCAAGCGCAACGGCCUUGGUGUCGCGACUAAAGGAUUCCCCGAGUGUCAAGAAGAUUUGGACGCGUGAGUUUGAGGGUGAGGAUCACGGAAGUGUUGCGGUGACGGGUCUUCAGCAGGGACUCAUGCAGUUCAUUCUCGGCAAGAUUUAAAUGUAAUUGAAGAUAUAAUUGAUAGACUUGAAUUGAGUUUGGCGUAUACAAGUGCGCAAAUCCUGCAAACUCUUCACAACUAAUGCUGU